AUGGAAUUUCUUUCUUCAAUUACUGUGGAGGUCGGAAAGUGCUGGUUCGCAGCCGCUGGUGAUCAACUUGGUUACUUGUUUCAUUACAACGACAAUGUUGAAAACUUGAAAAAGCAAGCUAAGAAGCUGGCAGAUAGCAAAGACAUGGUGCAAAAGAAAAUCGAAUUUGCUGAAAGAAAUGGAGAAAUCAUCUUCACUAAUGUUCAAAGUUGGAUAGCUGAAGUUGACAAUAUUUCCACAACCGCUGAAAAGUUUUUUGAAGAUGAAGACAAAGCCAACAAGAGGUGCCUCAAAGGGUGGUGCAUUAAUCUCAAACAACGUUAUCAAUUCAGUAAGAAGGCAAAGAAGCAUACUCUGGUGAUUUCUGAUUACCUCCAGGAAGUAAAUUCAAUCAAGAGGAAAGUUAUGAAGGCGUUGAUUGAUGAUAAUAAUGUCAGCAUAAUUGGAAUAUGUGGAAUGGGGGGUGUGGGUAAAACCACACUAGUUAAAGAAAUCAGCCAACAUAUAAAAGAAGCUAAGAUGUAUGAUGCUAUAGUGAUGGUGAUUGUCUCUCAAACCCCUAGUAUUAUGAAGAUUCAAGGUGAUAUUGCUGAAAUGUUAGGUGUAACAAACUCCUUGCUAGUGAAUUCUGAAUUAGCAAGAGCAAGUUUCCUAUGGGACAGAAUCAAGGAGAAGGAGCGGAUCCUCAUUAUUUUAGAUGAUGUUUGGGAAAGAAUCAAAUUGGAUGAGAUUGGUAUUCCUUUCGGGAGUGACCAUAGAGGUUGUAAACUUUUAAUCACCUCUCGAAGCAAAACUGUAUGUAAUCAAAUGGAGUGUCAAGAGAUAUUUACAGUUGAAACUUUAUCAAAACAGGAAUCUUGGAUACUUUUCAGCGAGAUUGUCGGCUCAAAUAUCGAAACUUCUGACAUAAGCUCUUUUGCAAGAGAGAUAGCUACUAAAUGUGGUGGCUUGCCACUUGCAAUUGUGAUAAUAGCGGGAGCUUUAAAGGGCAAGAACAAGCAUGUGUGGAGAAACGCGGCCCGACAACUUCAAAAGUCCAACCCAUCUGACAUCCCAGGCGUGGAGGGGAUCUUAUUUUCAUCUUUGGAGCUGAGCUUGCAUUAUCUAGAAAAAGUGGAGUCAAAAUCACUUUUCUUAUUUUGUAGCUUAUUUCCAGAGGAUUACGAAAUUCCAAUUGAAGUUUUAGUGAGAUACGCGAUUGGUCAAAGGUGGUUUAAAGUUGAUGAGACAAUAGAAGAUGUCAGAGAUAGAGUUCAUGCUAUUGUAAGUACCAUCACUUCUUCCUUUCNUACUUUGCCAAUUGACAUCUUAUAA